CGAAGUGUAGACACUUGGGGAUGAGAAAGAGACGAGUUUUUACUGGGAUGGACGUAGGCGAGAAAAGAAGAAGGGCGAAGGGCCGUUGAAGAAUGAAGAGCAGCGAGUGCUGUGGUAGGAGAGAGAGCCCGUGAAUGCGUUAAAUACGUUGAGGCAGACGGCACGUCGCCGCAGUUAUGAGAGGGCGCUUUCGCCGCUACCUUUCCCCCCCCUCCUCCUCCUCUUUCUCCCUCCUCUCCUUCUCUCCCUUCACCCCUCUUCUUCUUCCUCCCGCUAGGUGUUGCAUUUGCCUGCUUUUCCAGCGAUCCGUGAAGUUUGACUCCCUUUCUCCGUCUUCUUCUCAAGAUAGAACAACAGAGGCGGGCGAAUUCUGAAGAAGCGCGAGCGCAGAGGAGAAACAAGGAAAAGCUCCUCGGCGAUCAUUGAAACAAGAGAUGGAUCAUCGCCUGAUCAGAAGGCCGGGCGUCGUUACGACGUGACGGAGCCGAUUUUCCGGCAGGUAUGGGAAAGAAGGUGAGCUGGUUCACUACGGUGAAGAAGGUUUUCAGGUCGUCUUCUUCCAAAGACUGCGACAGGAAGAAAGAGACGUGCGAAAAAUGGCAAGCAGAUGCAUCGGACACGAUCUUACCAGGCCGCUUCGCGGUCCAAAGCUCACCAAGGAGAGCUCUUGCUGGAGAUCAGAGCACAGCAUCACCGAUGGCAGAGGAAGACAAAGGCCGGGCCGUAGCAGUAGCGAUAGCUACAGCCGCUGCGGCCGAGGCGGCUGCAGCCGCCGCUCAUGCAGCUGCUAAGGUUGUUCAACUUGCGGGGUUAAGGCGUCAUUCAAGAGAAGACCGAGCUGCUAUAGUCAUUCAAGCGGCGUACAGAGGAUACCUGGCAAGAAGAGCCCUGCGUGCACUCAAGGGCCUCGUGAGACUGCAAGCGCUGGUCCGAGGGCACAAUGUGCGGAAGCAGGCGCAGGUGACCAUGCGCUGCAUGCAGGCACUGGUCCGGGUUCAAGCCCGGGUGCGGGCUCGCCGGCUUCUGAUCGCACAGGAGAGACGCCGAGACCAGUUACAGAAGGAAGAUGAGCUUGUUAUUGUUGUUGGCGAUGAUGAUGGCAAAGAGGACAUGUAUGGGGAUUACGAUGACGGUGAUUAUUUUGAUGGCGACGUUGAUGAUGAUGAUUAUUAUUCGCCAAGCUUGGAAGUGGAUAGCUGGGACGACAGAAACCAUGGCAGGGAAGAAGGUAGAAGGAAUGUUGCUUCUAGGAAACAUGAUGCUGUCAUUGAACGUGAGAAGGAACUCGCUUAUGCAUAUGCCCAUAAGCAAUGGCAUCCGGAGUCCAGCUACGGAGAAAAUUUUUCCGGUGCGCAAUCUGGCAAGACGCAGUGGGGCUGGGACUGGCUGGACCACUGGAUCUCGACGCGGCCGUCUGAUGGUCGCCACGCCGUACCGGGGGGCUCCUACCUCACGGUCAACAACACCGACGACAUGUCCGAGAAGACCGUCGAGAUGGACAUUGCUAGGACAUCGUCCUACGUGGACGCCGGCAACCACCGCAGUACCAAUAUUCCGGCGAGAAAUUUCCGACGCCCACCACUUUCGCCGGAGAAGGAGGUCACCGUCACCUACGUGCCGAGCAAGGACAUGACUCCCUCCGUGAAGGUGGUGUCCACACCCAGCUACAUGGCAAACACACGUUCGUCCAUGGCCAAGGCCCGGGUCCACAUUCCUCAGAGACAUGCCCCACCCCUGGCCUAUGCGUGGAAGCCUCCAUCCAGGCGUGUCGGAUCCACCGGAGACUCAUCGAGCUCCGGUGGUUACGGCGCGCCGGCGAGCCAGGAGAGGAGCUCAAGCACGAAAGCCGUCGAUAUGCGGGUAAGGACCCAUGGGGUCACCGGCUACAGUGCUGAUUCGAGUGGUGGGGAGGAGCGUACGCCGCCUCCCGGUGGCACCGGCCGGCGAAAGAACUUCCGGUGAGCUGCCCACCUUGUUAACUUACAAUCAGUUGAUGGAAUAAUUUGGAUCGCCUCUAAUAACUGCAGUGUUUCCCAUCCUGUCAAUCUAGAAAGCUCUAGUCUGGGGUCGAACCUCUAACUGUCAAGAACAUGACCGCAUCGUUCGAGUGCGGUCAUGAGCCUAGUGGGUGCGGUCUAGUCCGUAUGUCCUUGUUGCAAAUCGUCCGGCCACUUGUUAAGUUCUUUCUGAAAAUAAUAUCCCUAUGUUCUUCAACGUUCUUUCUUAUAUCUGAGCUCAUUGAGGUUGUUGAGAAGUGCCAAGGAGUACUCGCAACAUCUGUGGUUCAAGUCACAUAGGGACUUGUUAUUUGAAAGUGUAGUGCCCCAUAUGUGUACAAUUUCAUAAGAGAAACUGAAAAAAAUGUCGCAUCAUGUGCCUUGACAGACGCGUCGUAUCCAUAA